AUGGUGGUCGUCGAUUGGUUUUCAAAGAUGGCACACUUCGUGCCAUGUUCGAAAAUCUCUAACGCCUCCAAGGUUGCUAGCCUCUACCUUAGAGAGAUUGUGCACCUUCAAGGACUACCCAAGUCCAUAGUCUCAGACCGUGAUGUACGGUUUACCAGCCACUUUUGAAGGACUCUUUGGAGUUUACUUGGGACUAAGCUUAAGUUCUCCACUGCUUACCAUCCACAGAUUGACGGCCAGACUGAGGUCAUCAAUCGUAGCUUGGGCAAUCUACUUCGGUCAUUACUCGGCGAGAGCUUGACCACUUGGGAUCUGAUCAUACCACGCGCCGAGUCUACCUAUAACUCCUUGACCACCCGUACCACUAGCAUGAGCCCCUUCGAGAUCGCACACGGCUUAGCACCACGUAAGCCCCUAGAUCUAGUACCCCUGGACCCUCAUGUUAGAGUUUCUGAGGAUGGUGUCGCAUUCGCCCAGCAUGUUAGUCAGUUGCAUCAGGACAUCCACGAUAAGAUACAGAGUCAGAAUGCAUUGUACAAGCAGGCUACCGAUAUGCAUCGUCAACCCUAG